UUUAAAAAUGGCGGCGCAAGGUAUACCAUCAAAAAUGAAGGAAUUACGUUUACCUAUAUCAAGAGUAAAAACCAUAAUGAAAAGUUCACCUUAUGUCGAUACAGUUGGACAAGACGGAUUAUAUUUAGUUACGAAAGCUACAGAAUUGUUUAUUCACUAUCUGACAGAAGAAGCUCAUAUGCAAAAUAAUAAAGGGAAUAAUUUAGAUUACAAGCAUUUAGCAGAAGUUGUACAAACAAAUGAUACGUUGGAAUUUUUACGGGAAAUAAUGCCACGAAAAAUUACAGUAAGGCAAUUCAAGGAGAUGAUGGCAUCUAAAUCAUCGAAUAGUAGUUCUUCUGAAAGUAGCUCAGAUUCAGAUAGUGAUAGCGAAUCUGAUACUGACUCUUGUUCUAAUAGCGACAAUAAGGAAGAUAAUGAAAACUCAUCUGGUAGUGAACAUGAAACAGAAACACAAGAAAAUGGUAAAUGUAGUUUCAGUGAUAAAAGUGAGGCUAGUGUUAAAAGUGACAGCGAAGAGGAAUCUAAGAGGUAGAAAUAAACAAAUAGAAUAAAAUUCUAUUAUAUUCAUAGGUUAUGCUUAAUAAGUAUUUUAGAAGAUAUUUAGUCUACAAUUUUAUUUUUAAGAUAUUUUAUUGAAGACAUCAAAUUAUGUCUAUAUGAUUCUUAUUAAUUAAUAUGGAUCAUAUUAUUUGUAAUAAUGAGUGACCAAAAAUAUGAAAAAUUUAGUCAAAGUUAAGAAUAACAAAGAAUAUAAAAUUAAUUGUUUCACUUGAAUAUUGUUAAUUCAACUACUUUUAGAGAAAAA